AAAGUGGAGUCUUUAAAGGGUUAACAGGAGGAGGCGAGGCAACGGUCAGCUCGUUUGGGUGGAGUGAACUUUAGAUAUGUACUACAACAAAUUAGCCAACAGGACUCAUCAUUAUGGAGUGAAAAAAACCCAAGUCUAAAGAGAAAGCACUCAAUUUAAAACAGAAACUCAUCCGCUACAGAGAUAAGUAAAGAUGAGUGGAGUGAGUGAAGAGUCGCUGCUGGAUUAUUUCUACUCCACCGGAGGCAUCUCAAGCAGGGUGAAAAAUGCAGAUAUUCUGAAGACAUUUAAGCCCUUUAUUGGCCACAGUGACGUGCAGCUGCGUGCUAAAUACAGAGAGGAAUUCAAGCUCAUCAUCGACCGAAUCGCUGCGGUGAAGUCAGAGAAUGGUGAGAAGUAUCUCGUCCUAAAGAAGAAGUACAGGCAGAUGCUGCAGGAUCGAGACGCCAGACUUCACGGGACGGACGGAGACGCUCAGAGAGGUUCGAGUCCGGCCCGCGCUCCGGCUGCUGCUCAGUGGGACGCCUCGGACCCCUCCACUUCUUCUCAUCAACAGAAGGACCCGCGGGACGAGCCCAUGCUGUGUGGAGAGCAGGACGAGGCUGCAGAGCAGACAGGAACAGCCUCCAUGCAGCACGCAGUUCUGCAACUUCCUGUUAUCCAAAUCCAGGAACCCUCCAACGAGGACGAUGAGCUGGACAAAGAUUCGGGGUCAAAGUCGGGGUCAGAGCAGGACGAGAGAGUACGGGGCAGUAGGGGAUCGGCUGCUGUCGCUGUGAGUCUUUCCUUCCUCUUUCUGGAUCCCAUAGAGAAGGAGUGGAUCUACUCGGCUGCAGGUGCUCGAGUCCCUGACCUCUCUCAGCUGCUCAUACAAGACCCCUCGCUGGCAAACAAAGAAGGAAGUACAGGCAGAUGCUGCAGGAUCGAGACGCCAGACUUCACGGGACGGACGGAGACGCUCAGAGAGGUUCGAGUCCGGCCCGCGCUCCGGCUGCUGCUCAGUGGUACGCCUCGGACCCCUCCACUUCUUCUCAUCAACAGAAGGACCCGCGGGAACGAGCCCAUGCUGUGUGGAAGAGCAGGACGAGGCUGCAGAGACAGGAACAGCCUCCAUGCAGCACGCAGUUCUGCAACUUCCUGUUAUCCAAAUCCAGGAACCUCCAACGAGGACGAUGAGCUGGACAAAGAUUCGGGGUCAAAGUCGGGGUCAGAGCAGGACGAGGAGAGUACGGGCAGUAUGGGAUCGGCUGCUGUCGCUCUGGAUCCCAUAGAGAAGGAGUGGAUCUACUCGGCUGCAGGUGCUCGAGUCCCUGACCUCUCUCAGCUGCUCAGACAAGACCCCUCGCUGGCAAACAAGAAGGACUUCACCUCUGGGGUAAGUUUCAAUAGUGUGCAAUUUCUCACACUGUCCUGCGGCCGAGGCAGACCACCUUCUAAGAGCGGCCCUAAGCUUCUGCCAUCCCCACCCGGACAAGAUAGCAUGGCCGCCAUUGAAGUUUCUCCUCGUGACGUGGACCCCGUUUCCCGCUGGGACCGACUUCCUCUGCCACAGUUUACGGCUCUGCACUGGGCCGCCAAACAUGGCAACCAGGACAUGGCGGCUCUGGUGGCUAACGCAGGCGCUGACGUCAACACCAAAUCACAUGGAUACACACCUUUACACAUUGCAGCGUUACACGGCCAUCGGCACAUCCUAGACCUUCUCAUCGUGACCUACGGGGCCAAAGAAAACUUAAGGGACUACAGCGGCCAUCUUGCCGGCCAUUAUCUGAACAUCAGAGAACCCGAGGGUCCGGAGGAAGAGUGCGAGCUGCAGUUUCAAGUCACUCAGGCCAGGGAACGAAACAGGAACAGGAAGUUGGCGUCGUUGUUUAACUCCAAGAAGAGGUGGGGCUCAGCGGAGGAGCUGGCUCCGAUCGAGGAGGAGCGGACGGCGUCUCACCAGCUCAUCCUGCCUGCCUUCAGACCCCGGAAGUUCUCACGCUGAGAGGAAGAUAAACCAGGGACCCUUUCUGCUCGCUCUCCUACGCUCGCAACCACCUGAUGCCUACAUGCAUAUAUCAGAUAUUCCGUUGUUUAAUUCUACAUAUUCCACAAAGUCUGGAGAUUACUGAUGCCAAAACAUCCCCCUUUUAAGUGCCAUUCAAAGUCUGUUUCCGGGGCAGCAGUUACAAAUCCAACUCGUAGCAACAGAUCAGAUCCAUUUUGAUGGCACAGAAUACACAGUUGUUCACAAGAAUGUUCUUAUUCCACAGUUACACACAUAUUGUAUAUACUCGUGUGAACGUGUCUUUUGUUGUGUACACGACCAACAGUUCAUAACGUUACAGACACGGUCGCUCCCACAGAAGCUUAUCAGUGAAGAGGAGAUGUAACCCUAACCCAGGGGAUGCUUUACUUAUAUGUGUAUUUUGAAAUAUGUAUGCCUACCUUAAAAGUAUUUCUUGAAGCCUUUACAUUUGAAGGAAUGUUGCUUUAAUGCCUUAACAUUUCAAAUGAGCUCAGGCCAUGUUCAUCGCUUUAGCUCGUCGUUGACCUCUGAUUGUGUUCAAGUGAGCAACUCUUGACAAGUUGAGCAAAAGAUACUGGCCGUUUCUCAAUGUGGAGUAGAGCUGCUGCAGAGUCAAGUAUACGACGUCAUCGAGUGGCGCCGAAGGACUGUUUAAAUGCCCAGCAUUCGGCGCCACUCGAUGACGUCGUAUACUUGACAUAGUGGCUCUGCAGACGGUAUACUCCACAUUGAGAAACGGCCUCUGACUCACUUUCACUCUGUGAGGAAUUAAAGGGAAAGGUGUCCUAUAUUCAAAUAAACCUUUUAAUCGGAGCACACCGGUGGUUUGUCUGUUUGGCUACGUUGUUAUGUUCUCGACGCUAUGCUGAACAUCCAGAACUAUCUACAAGGUGUAAGAGUGAUUUUACUCAGCAGUAUGGUAUGGCUGAAACACUAGAAGCCAUUUCUAUUUAUUGAACUACUUUUUCCUACAAUUAAUUUGCAAGGAAAGGUUCUAAUAAAAUAUGUAAGGUCAAAUCCUCCCUUACUCUCUAAAGGAAAGUCAAUACCAACAGUAAGACAAAUAAAUAGUCCUCCCUAAUCAUUUAAGCACACUCCCUAAUGUCAAUACAACAUCUGCACUGGAGCCAGAUGCUUCUUGGAAGGAAGCUUUGCAGAAUGUUUGGCACUAGUGUUUACAUGAGUAGCAGUUAGUGGGCUUAAACAACAGAACCAUCCGUGUGUUUCUUUCAGAGACCUCCCAGAUGACCAGGAGGAGGACAUGUUCAUCCCCAUGGCUAACGCUAACACAGACUGCACUUGUGAUUUGUUGUCAGCUGCCUUCAGUGUGAAGCUGUGUGUUUGUCGUGAAGCAGGAAGCAUGUCGCUGCUUGCCAUUUGUUGUCGUCGUUCAAGAGGUUUUCUGCUGAUAAGAGUGUUUUGCCCGUUGCAGUUUGAGCAGAUAAUCUGAUUGAUAAUCUGAUAAACUCUUUUGUCAGAGAGGUGAUUGUCACAGGACUGUUCUUUAUUGAUGCCCCCCCCCCUCCCCCUCCUGCAUUUAAAGUGCUGCAUUAACUUUUGCUACGGAAAUCAGUGUGUUCUGAAUUCUUCUGCAUUUCCACACGUUUUCAUCGGUUGUAACAAACAGGUAUGUGUUUAUAAUUUGGUGCCAUCAUUGUAUCUAAACUGCCUCCAUUACAUCUUUUGCACAAUAUUUAUAUGAUGAAGUUAUUUUGAAAUAAACUGUAUUUUAUAUCCGGG